CACACGGUGAGGGGCUUCAUUCUCAACCCAAAGAUUCAGGCUAACGCAUCCACCCCAUUUUAGAGUCAAGGAAAAGGGGAAGGUACCAGGGCACCAGACUCCCCACAGUGUCCAUGUUUCUUCUGUCAUGUCUAUGCGUAUCUGAGCGUACUACCCACCGCAACCAACCAGCAAAUCAAGGCCGGAACUAGGAUCUAUCUAUUUACCACAGGACUGUCAGGAACGGUUUUAGACGUAAAGGUUUGUCCUAUUCGUCAUCAUGUUCUGAGAAAAAUCAUCUCAUCAUUCCAGGUUUUGAAAAUCCAACUCAAACUGAGAAACAUUUCCACGUUGAUGAACCAAGCGUCGGUCAUGUUCUGCACCUGACCAGCAGUAGCCUCUAUUCUCGGCACGGACUGUUACCACGACGGCAACUUUUAGAAGAAGUUAAACCCUCUCAUUGACUGAGUGGAGGGAAAAGCGAAAUCUUUAAUCGAAUAAAGUUUUUCCGUUUCUUCCCAUUUUUAUCUGCAUUACAAAGGCGAAACGGCGACUUCCAUUGAUUACCCGUCUUUCCUUUGCUAUCCGAUGGAUAUUCACUGCAAAGUAGACCCGUUCUCAGCGAUGCACCUCUCCCAUAUAGGGCACGGCGGUGUGAACCAGCUAGGCGGGGUGUUUGUCAACGGCAGACCCCUACCUGACGUGGUGAGGACAAGAAUCGUAGAACUCGCGCACCAAGGAGUGAGACCCUGUGACAUUUCGAGACAACUACGGGUCAGCCACGGCUGUGUCAGCAAAAUACUGGGCAGCUAUCAAAAGGAUUUUAAAAGAUACUACGAGACCGGAAGUAUAAAGCCAGGAGUUAUUGGUGGGUCCAAACCGAAAGUGGCGACUCCAAAGGUUGUGGAUAAAAUAGCGGACUACAAGCGCCAGAAUCCGACCAUGUUCGCGUGGGAAAUCAGAGACAGACUGUUAGCUGAGGGCGUCUGUGACAACGACACGGUUCCAAGCGUCUCGUCCAUUAACAGGAUAAUACGAACAAAAGUCCAGCAGCCUUUCCACCCGUCUCCAGAUGGAACAUCCCUGUCUGCCCCAGGCCACACCAUGGUACCGAGCCAGGCCUCUCCACCUGUAACAAGCCCUUCCAACGACCCUGUGGGGUCCUACUCCAUCAACGGCAUCCUGGGUAUUCCCCGGUCAAACGGCGAGAAGAGGAAACGAGAUGAAGAUGGUUCAGAUGGGUCUGGCCCAAACACUGAUUCUCAGGUUAGUGUGGACAGUUUACGGAAGCACCUGCGGGCCGAUGCUUUCACUCAGCAGCAGCUGGAAGCUUUGGACCGGGUCUUUGAGCGCCCGUCGUACCCCGACGUCUUCCCGACCUCGGAGCACAUCAAACCAGAACAGGCCAACGAGUACUCCCACUCCCACUCCCUGUCCUCCCUGAAUCCUGGUCUGGACGGCGAGGUCAAACCCAGCCUGUCCUCCAGCAGUAACCAGAACCUGGGCCCCAGUGUCUCUGUGACGCAGAGCUACUCUGUAGGUCGAGACAUGGCCAACACAACCCUACCGGGUUAUCCCCCUCACGUUCCCCCCACCGGCCAAGGCAGCUACCCCACCUCAACACUGGCCGGAAUGGUUCCUGGGAGUGAGUUUACAGGAAACCCUUACAGUCAUCCACAGUACACGACCUACAACGAGGCAUGGCGGUUCAGCAACCCAGCAUUACUAAGUUCCCCUUAUUAUUAUAGUGCCACAUCCAGAGGUUCCGGACCACCUACUGCUGCCACGGCAUAUGACCGCCACUAGUUACCAUGGAAACCAAAUCAACCACCACCACCACCACCUACACCAUGACUACAACCAUGGCUUCGGCAGCGUCCAUGUUGCCCCGGUGUGAACAGAGGGCAUGAGGUGAUACCGUUAAGACAGCUAACAGGCAGCUCCAUUUCCUGUAUAUCACACUACUACACACAACAGAAGAAGAACGGUCCUGCUGGAUACCACACUACUACACACAACAGAAGAAGAACGGUCCUCCUGGAUACCACACUACUACAUACAACAGAAGAAGAACGGUCCUCCUGGAUACCACACUACUACACACAACAGAAGAAGAAGGGUCCUCCUGGAUACCGCACUACUACACACAACAGAAGAAGAACGGUCCUCCUGGAUACCACACUACUACACACAACAGAAGAAGAACGGUCCUCCUGGAUACCACACCACUAGACACAACAGAAGAAGAACGGUCCUGCUGGAUACCACACUACUACACACAACAGAAGAAGAACGGUCCUGCUGGAUACCACACUACUACACACAACAGAAGAAGAACGGUCCUCCUGGAUACCACACUACUACACACAACAGAAGAAGAACGGUCCUCCUGGAUACCACACUACUACACACAACAGAAAAAUCCCUGAUCGUUCGGGAUACCAUGCAGACAACUUCCCAUCAACCAUGAAUUUGGAGACCUUCAAAGUAGUGAAAAAUGUAAAAUUCUUCGUUCUGAUCUGCGUGACUGUACAUUACCACUAGAGACGUUGAAAGACUAUAUAUACACGUGAUACUACUGAGGUUACUGAGGUAAAACAAAAAUAAAUAAAUAAACAAAAAAAACUACAAGUUUUGAAAAUGAAAAGGAGGAAUUUGUAUCUUUUCCUUUUUUGUAAUGGUCCUCCGUUUGUUUUUUCCUCCUUCGUGGAUCAAAACGUGACAUUUACUUGACUGAUCUGUCGGCUGACGGAGGAACCCGUCCUGAGCUGAGUGUCCAGUACAGUAUAGUAGCAGGCUGUUGUUCCCCUUCCUUCUGCAUCGGUCUGAACCUUCUACUCUACGGGCAGUGCAAUGAGAUCAAAAGCUAAAGACGUUGGCGUCGAUGCGACUAAGGCUGCCGCAGCCUGGUUCCACCCCUCUAUUACAAACAAACGUACAGUCAUUUUUGUAACCAACCAAACGUUCAAGCAUGAUGAAAUGAAUCAGUUGCUUUUUUUUUUUGAUGAUGAUGAUGCCAGGAGCAGAUUAUAAGGCGGUGUUCUCUGUGAUACACAAUCAGACGGAGGGAAAAUGAAAAGAAAACGAGAAAACGCUGAAUUGAUAAAUGAGAAGGACAUUGUGACAUACCGUGGUCUUCUAAUUUACAAGUUUUUAAAAAAUAAUAAAAAAAACCCUAGUAAAUAUAUUCUUAAAGAUUUUUUUAUUUUGUUUUUAUAAUUGUUAUUGACAUCUUAAUGAAUUGCAAAUAAUAUGCUUGACUUUUUGUUGUUGUCAUUUUUAUUUGUCAGGAUACUAGAAAUAAUCAGGCAGAAUCUAUUUUGUAUUUGUUUUUAAUUUUGCACUAUUUUUUGAGUUUUGACACACUGGGAGCGCUAUUAUGCAGACUUUGACCUGGAGGUUUGACACACUGGGAGCGCUAUUAUGCAGGCGUUUGAACCUGGAGGUUUGACACACUGGGAGCGCUAUUAUGCAGGCGUUUGAACCUGGAGGUUUGACACACUGGGAGCGCUAUUAUGCAGACUUUGACCUGGAGGUUUGACACACUGGGAGCGCUAUUAUGCAGGCGUUUGACCUGGAGGCUUGACACACUGGGAGCGCUAUUAUGCAGGCGUUUGAAACCUGGAUGCCUAUUUGUCUUGUUUUACAAUAUAUUAUUAUGUUGAAGAAAGGAAGAAGAAACGUAGAACCAUGACAUCAUCGCGACAUCAUCACGACAUCAUCGCGACAUCAUCACGACAUCAUCACGACUUCAUCGUGACCUUUUUCGGUCCGGAGAGGCACUUCAGACGUCGCUGCUUUCUGUUGACCGUUUCCUUGACUUCCCGGUAGCAUUAUGUCCGGAGGUCGCUUUGGUAACACCACUGCAAUUCCCCCAGUUUGUCUCUCUCUACCUUACGUAGUACGCUUACUAUCCACACAUACAAGUUAGCUAGCUAACGUUUUAAGUUUGAACCUAAGUCUUUGGCAUUAAGAUAUUAGCAUAACAUUUGCUCAUUUAAAUUUAAUUAAAAAUUAAAUUAAACUAUUUUCCUUUGACUAACUAAUUCAAUCAUUAAUAGUCAAGUUUAAUGGUUAUUGCUUGCAUCCUGCAUGGCACCCGAUUCCCUUGAUAGUGCACUACUUUUGACCAGAAGUAGUGCACUACGUAGGGAAUAGGGUUCCAUUUGAUACGCAGAAAUAGUAUCGUUAGUAUAGUCAUUUCAUUCUGAUGUGGCCUUCGUCACAUAAGGAAACAUACGUUUCAACUAAAAAGCAAAAGGCAAAGAUUUCAGUUAAAUGCCUUUAAUCACAUGCAGGUUGUUGUUGUUUUGUUUUUUUUAGUCAAGGUUUCAACUUCCUAUAUUUGUUUUGUUUUUUUCGUUUUGUCGUAUAAGACGUCAAGUGACUUAUCCAGUUGGUUUGUCUUGAAAAUCACACCGGUAACACCGACCUGGCUGGAAGAAUGGGGGGAAAAAAACGUGAUUAAACAUUACCUUACAUCGUUUAACUUUCAAGUGAAUGUAUUUUUUUACCACAUUUGCCAAAGACUUUAGUUCUUGUUCUUGUUUCGUCUAUUUACAGCCUGCAUACGUCUGCAUUGUGAGAGCAGUAUUAUAGGGAGAAAACACACGCAAAUUGUCCGUUACUGAAAGUACAUGUAUCAAUUCUAUGCAGAGCAGAGAACGGUCGUCAUUAUUAUGCAUAUUUAGCUGUAAAAACCCAUAGGAAGGUGAUUGAAUUUAUUUAAUGUUAUGUUAUUUACAAAACUGUUGAUUUAUUUGUAGAAUAAUUUGUGUAUAAUGUGAAAACACUUGACUUUCACUCUGUAAAUACAGUCAAAUAAUAUGUACAUCUCUGAUCAUCCGUAUUAUGCCCUCUCGUCCACUGGAGUCUCACUGGUUCAAUAAUAAAGUGUCUAAACUCUUCUAA